AAGAGUAGCUCAGGUCGAUCACCGUUCGUUGUUCUUUCCUCAUUACUGCUAUUGUAAGCGUCAGCAAAGUCAACUCGUUUGGCUUCUGCCUGCCUAUAUAAAGCACCAGUAGAGUACAUCCACCUCCCCAUCCCCGUUCGACUUCCUCCGGUGGCAUUGUAACUGUAGCCUCCCUCUCGGAGUCGCACCUCAUCCUCUCCCACCCAUUCCCUUCAAUUUCCCCUGUAGAACAGCUCUUCGAUGUCUCAUAUCUUGUUGUUGCAGAACUUGAUCUCCUUGUCCCUUGUGAUGUGUCUCCGCUUCCUCACAGGAGAGAGCGUCACAUUCGCGUUCGUGAAUAGAUGUGGUGACACGAUUUGGCCGGGCGUGCUGUCCAAUUCAGGCAGCUCGAAGCUGGAGACCACCGGCUUCGAGCUCCCCGCCGGCGCUAGCCGCACCCUCCUGGCCCCUUCCGGCUGGUCCGGCCGCUUCUGGGCUCGCACGGGAUGCUCGUUCGACGCGGCCGGACGCGGCUCCUGCGCCACCGGCGACUGCGGGUCCGGCCAGGUGGAGUGCAACGGCGCCGGGGCUGCUCCACCUGCGACGCUCGCGGAGUUCACGCUCGACGGAAGCGAGGGGAAGGACUUCUACGACGUGAGCCUCGUGGACGGCUACAACCUGCCGAUGGUGGUGGAGGUCACCGGCGGAGACGGGUGCGCUGCCACGGGGUGCGCCGCGGACCUCAACCGCCGGUGUCCCGCGGAGCUGAAACUCGGGGACGGUGACGCCGCGGCGUGCCGCAGCGCGUGCGAGGCGUUCGGGCGGCCGGAGUUCUGCUGCAGCGGCGAGUACGACAGCCCGACCACGUGCCGGCCGUCCGUCUACUCGGCGAUGUUCAAGUCCGCGUGCCCGCGCUCGUACAGCUACGCCUACGACGACGCCACCAGCACCUUCACCUGUGCCGGAGCUCAGGGAUACUCCAUCACCUUCUGCCCUGAAUCCUCCCCAAGCCAAAAAGCCACCAAGAAUUCUGCACCAAAAACAACAGAACCAGUGAUGGAAGAUGACUCUUGGCUGGCAAGCUUGGCCUCUGGAGAUGGUGACCCAACAAGGAGGAGAGCUUCCUCUCUACUCCCAGCAUCAUUAACUGUUGCAGUGACCACUACUGGUCUCCUAUUUGCAUUCUUUUAAAUGCGGAAAGGUGCCACUCUCUUUAGGGAAUCAGAACAAAGGUCUUUUGGACAAGAUCAAGAUAGGGGGUGCAGACCUUCAACACAAUUCUCUUCUUAAAGGAGUUUGACUAAGAUCCCAUGGGGGGCUGAUGUGUGAUGGUGGUGGUAACUCCAGCAUAGUUUAGUGUGCUGUUCCAAUUAGAUAUUUCUUUUCAUUCUUAAGUCAAUUUGUAGUAUGGUUGCCAUCUGUUAAUAUAAACAAGAUGUGAUUGUGAAACA